UGUGGUGAUUUCGCGUAAUAGCAGACGCGGCGACCGGACUAUGGUGUAUUUUCGAAAAAAUGUCAUGUGGAUGGUUGAACGGAGUCGAUGAUAUUAGUUCAACAAUGGCUUUAUAUUAGUAGCGGUGCGUGAAUAAAAAUUGACAAUAUUGCGAGCAAUUAUCCAACACGAUAAAGCCACGCGGCAAAGCUCGAUUGAUUUCGUUGCUACAUUGUUGUUAAGACUCCGGUCUCAUGUAAACAGCACGCGGUUCUUAUGUGUCAUCCGAUCUAAUGAUCCUUAUUAUGUAAUUUCUGUACCGGUCGAAUGCUAUGCUCGAAAAAAUCUGGAUGAAAAUUAUCGGAGUCGCGUCACGAGCGGUGUCUUUCGAAAAUGACUGACUCUUCUUCCUCUUCUACUUUCGCGAGGGUAAUCAAUAAUGUAUUAACGUUUCUAAAAUGUGUCGUUCGAACCAGCUUUGUGAUAUUAAACAAUAUGUAUUGUAUACCAACAUAUGUAGUAUGGAUGACAUUAUUGUUUCCUGUAAAAGUUUAUCAACCUCAAGUAUAUUGGCGGAUCGAAGGACUAUUUUUCCAUUGGUUAUUAGCAAUGGUAUCAAUGUGGACCUGGUCUGCAGGCUAUGACAUAAUAGAACAAGGUGAUGAUAUACAAAAAAUUAUUAGUGAAAGAACAUUAGUAAUAGCGAAUCAUCAAAGCACCGGUGAUGUUCCUAUGCUAAUGACAACAUUCAAUUCAAAACCAAAUGUAUUGCCUAAUCUAAUGUGGAUUAUGGACAGGAUUUUUAAAUUUACCAACUUUGGUAUAGUUUCUAUUUUACAUCAGGACUUCUUUAUUGUAUCUGGUCGUAAGAACAGAGAAGAAAGUUUGAAACAAUUAGAAAAACAUCUAAAAGAAGCAUACAUUCCACUUAACAGAAAGUGGAUGGUACUGUUUCCAGAAGGAGGUUUUUUAUGUAAAAGAAGAGAGACUUCGCAAAAAUAUGCUAAAAAGAAUAAUCUUCCUAUUCUUGAAAAUGUAACCCUGCCACGUGUAGGAGCAAUGCAAACUAUAUAUGAUACAAUUGGUCCAUCACAGGAUAAUAAUAGAUCGAACGAACAAUUGGACAAUAGACCAAGUAUGACAGUAGCAAAACCAGAAAUCAAUUGGAUUCUUGAUAUAACAAUAGCAUAUCCUCAGGGAAAACCAAUUGAUUUACCUACAAUUAUAACUGGUUCCAGACCACCAUGUGAAACAGUACUGUUUUAUCGAGUUUUUCCUAGUUCUGUGGUUCCUCGGGAACCAGAAUUAUUAUCUAAAUGGUUGUAUGAUAGGUGGGUUGAAAAAGAAGCACUUUUGGAUAACUUUUAUAAGUAUGGAACAUUUCAUGGUACACAAGCAUCGGCCAGUGAAGGUUCCAAGAUCCAUCAGGAUCCAUUAAGAUUCCUAGUCCUUCAUUUAUUUUUUAUAACAUCUAGUUAUAUACAUUACAAUAUGUUUGCAUAUGUGCUCUCUUACUUCUGGUAAAGCGUUUUAUGCUAUAUAAGAAAUCACGUUCGAACAUGAGUGAAAUUACAGUGUAGUAAUCUAAAAAAUAUU